AUGCCAAGAAAGAAAAAAUCUACAGACGAAAAAAUAAAAGAGAGAAGACAGCGUGCAAGGAAGAGAAAAAAUGAUUCAAAUGAUACUUCAAAACCAUCUACCAGUAAACAGGUGCAAUCAGCAGAUUAUGUGAAAACUUCCUAUUCAGUACCUACUGCCAAUUUUAUAACAGAACACAAAAAGGAAACUGAGGUGCAAUAUUCUUUUAUUGAAAGAGAAAUUAUAAAACAGAGACAUUGGAAACUUCAGAUGGUGAAAAAUAACCAAGAUAUAGAUACGGUAUCGUCAAUGGAAGAAGUCAAAAGGAAGUUGACCAAUAUUAAUGAUGAUUCUCAGUUAGAUAGUGACAUUCCAACCAGUAGAGUAAAGAAGACUAUAUCUUAUAAUCCUAGUAGUGUGCGAGUAGCCAAUUGGAGAAAAACUCUCCCAGAAGCUAAACAGUUGGAAGUUAAACAAAUAGACAAAAAAAGAAAACAGGAGAAAAGAAAAACUCUUGAUGAAGAGACUAGAGUUGAAAUUAAACAGAAAGACAAAAAACAAAAGGAAGAGAAGCGAAAAACACUUGAUGAAGGGGCCAAAACUGAAAUUAAACAGAAAGACACAAAACAGAGGCAGGAGAGAAGAAAAACACUGGAUGAACAGGCCAAAAACAAAAUUCAACAGAAAGAAACAAAACAGAGGCAAGAAAAAAGAAAAAAACUGAAUGAAGAGGCCAAAACUGAAAUUAAAGAGAAAGACACAAAACAGAGGCAAGACAAAAGAAGAAAACUGAAUGAAGAGGCCAAAAUUGAAAUUAAACAGAAAGACAGAAAACAGAGGCAAGAAAAAAGAAAAAAUCUGAAUGAAGAGGCCAAAACUGAAAUUAUACAGAAAGAAACAAAACAGAGGCAAGAAAAAAGAAAAAAACUGAGUGAAGAGGCCAAAACUGAAAUUAAACAGAAAGACACAAAACAGAGGCAAGAGAAAAGAAAAAAACUGAAUGAAAAGGCCAAAACUGAAAUUAAACAGAAAGACACAAAACAGAAAAUAGAAAAACGAAAAACUCUUGAUGAAUUAACCAAAUCUAACACUCGAGAAAAAAACAGAAACCAAAUGAAGGAACAGAGAGCAGCGAAAACAACAGAAACUGAAAAUGCAAUACAAACUUUUCUGCAGAUGAUUAAACAAGGACCAUCAUAUAUCUGUUCUGUUUGCCAUAGGCUAAUGUACAGAGAAUGUGUUGUAUUGUAUAAUGAAAAUGUCUUGACUAUGUGUGACAAAGAAUUGUUAGAAAUAUGCAAUACACAAAAGAAAAGCAUUGAUGGGGAACAGUAUAUUUGCACCACAUGCACAUGGAAUUUGAAACGUAAUAUGAUGCCUGUGCAAGCUAUAGCAAAUUCAUUAAUUCUAGAUGAUAUACCAGAGCAGUUGAGAGAUUUGUCAACAUUAGAAUCAACUUUAAUAAGCAAACGGAUUCCUUUUAUGAAAAUCCUUGCUUUGCCCCGUGGUAAACAGAAGGCAGUACAUGGAUGCGUUGUAAAUGUGCCAGUAAAUCCAGAGGAGACCUGUUCCAUGUUACCUCGUCUUCCAUCAUCUUCAUCGUGUAUAACAGUGAAAUUGAAACGCAAAAUAGAGUACAGAGGUCAUGUUAUUGUUCAGUCAAUAAGACCUUGGAAAAUUAUGGAUUCUUUACAUCAUCUUAAGAAUGUACAACAAAAUCCUCAUUAUCAGGACAUCAUAAUCAAUGAUAACUGGCAAGAGGACAGCAGUGAAGAUAAUCCACAACUCUGGGAGGCUUUGACAAGCAAUGGUACAUCAAACAGUGGCACUAUACAUGUUUUACCAAGUUCAUCCAGUGAGACAGAUCAACCGUCAGAACAAGGACAGGAAUCAGACAAUGAAGGAAGUGACAAUGAAAUAGAAGAUCGAUCAGAAGUGACUGGUUUGCCUUUUGAUUCUUGUUUGCAACCAAGAGACAUUAGUGCAGACAAAGACUUUUUAUUGAAUUUAGCACCAGGAGAAGGUAAAAAGCCAAUAGGGCUGUUUGCAGAUAAACAUAGUGAAGAAAUGGCCUUUCCUACAUUAUUUCCUACAGGAAAAUUUGGAUUUGACUGUCAGCGCAGGAGACCAAUUUCAUUAGUAAAAUACUUCAAUCAGAGAAUUCUCAAUUGUGACAACCGCUUUGCAGCCUCCACAGAGUAUUUGUUUUAUGCACAGUAUAGAAGUGAAGCCAAAAAGGUUGCUGACUGUCUAAGUAUUGCCAUGAGAAAAUGUAAAGGACAACAUCAGUUGGAGAAAAUAACAGCAGGCCAGAUAAAGAAUGCUGAAGAAAUGAGGCGUCUAGCCCGCUCUGACCUUAGCUAUCAUUUCCUACAAAAUGUUCGUGGAUCACCAGCCUUCUUUAACAAAUUACUGUAUGACCUUUUAGGAAUGAUACGACAAUUGGGAAGCUGUACAUGGUUCCUGACAUUGUCCUCUGCUGACAUGAAGUGGAAAGAUACAAUUCAAGUGAUAGCUGCACAACAUAAUCAGAAACUGUCGGAUGAACAAGUAGAAAACAUGACUUGGGAACAAAAAAGCACUUGGUUACGGACUAAUCCUGUUACAGCUGCAAGGCAUUUCGAUCAUAGACUUCAGCUCUUCAUGUCAACACUAGUUCUUGGAAAGUCAAAACCCAUCGGAGAAAUACAAGAUUACAAAUACAGGAUAGAAUUCCAGCAAAGGGGAUCACCCCACUGCCAUAUGCUACUAUGGGUUAAAAAUGCACCUUCAAUAUCACAAAACUCUCCUGAACAUGUAGCUGCCUUCAUUGAUCAAUAUGUUGCAUGUACAAUUCCACAACAAGAUGAUCAUCUUGCAUCUCUGAUUCAAACGGUGCAACGCCAUAUUCACUCUUUCACAUGCAAAACCCAUGGAACAAAAUGCAGAUUCAGUUUUCCAAAGCCACCUGUUUGUAAAACUACAGUUGUGCAUCCACCAACGGAUAUACCAGACAAACGAACACAAACAAUCUACACAGAGUUGUUGACAGCAGUUAUGGGUCAAGUGGAAGAUGUGCAACAUACCGGUAAUCCAGGUGUUACAUUAGAAGCUUUGUUGGAAGAACUUGAAAUUCCUGAAGCUUUGUAUAUGAAGGCAUUAACUUGGAUUAAAACAAAGCAAGGCCAGCCUGCUAUAUUGUACAAACGUAAUCCAUCUGACUGCUUUAUUAACAAUUACAGCCCAACCCUGAUGAAAGCCUGGCAGGCAAACCUUGAUCUUCAGUAUGUCACAAAUGUGUAUGCCUGUAUAAUGUAUGUGGCAUCAUAUGUAAGCAAACCAGAGAAAACAUUGGGUGAUGUCUUAAAGUCUGUUAGUAAGAAUUCAGCACCAGCUGGUCCAAAGAAGAUGAUGGAGACUGUAUCUAAGAAAUUCCUUUCCCAUCGUGAAGUCAGUGCCCAAGAGGCAGUGUAUAGAUUAUUGCCAUUACCACUCACUAAAGGAUCACGCCAGGUCAUUUUCCUUCAUACAGAUUUAGCUGAGAAUAGGACAAAACUUUUGAAACCCAUGAAAGUUAUACAGGAGCUUGAUGAUGAUGAUGAAAACCUAUUCCAGGAAGGCAUGCUGGAAAAAUAUCAACUUAGGCCUGAUUGCAUUGAACACAUUUGCCUUGCAGAUUUUGCAGCAAAUUAUUCAUAUGCUCGGAAAACAAAUACCAACCCAGAUCCAGACCUCCUAGAGGAAACAUCACUUGAUCCAGAAACUGUAAUCAACAAUCUUCCUAAAUCCAUAAAGUUGAAAAAUAAAUCAACAACCUUAACUCUCCGUUCCAGACCAGUCAUUAUCAGAUCUCAUCAGUUCUCCAUCUUGAAACAACCUGAGCAGUACUAUCACUCCAAACUGUUACUGUACAAACCAUGGAGAGAUGAAACCAAAGACCUGUUGGGUGAAGAUGGUACAUACAAAACAAAAUACAUCAAUUGUAGACCAACCUUUUGUGACAGAAUGAACUAUUUUGAACCAAACAAUGAAGAGUAUGCACAAGCUGUUGAAGAACUUCAAGAGAAUGGGCCUCCUGAAGAUGCCUGGGCAUCACUAGCUCCACAAACAGAACAACAGGAGAGAGAAGAUAGAAACAGGGGAGCACAACAAGAUCCAGAGUUUGAAGCCAUUAUUCCUGAGCAUGGAAAUGAAACAUCAGAUCUUGGGUUGGUUGCUUAUCAGUAUGAAUUGGACAGUAGGAAGAUAUCAGCUCAGCAGUGGCUUAGUAUGACAGUAUCUCUGAAUGCUGAACAGCAAGAAAUCCACCAAUUCAUUGUUGAAUGGUGCAUAGAAAUGUCAAUGACUUAUAAAACAGCCAAACGUCCAAAGCCAUUCCAUGUCUUCAUUUCUGGAGGAGCAGGCACUGGGAAAUCACACUUAAUCAGAACCAUAGUGCAGACAGCAAACAAAUUGUUAGGCGUAGGUCAAGGAGAAGAUGACAUUGUUGUCAUGGUCUGUGCUUUCACUGGUGUGGCUGCUUUUAACAUUGAAGGUCACACUUUGCAUUCUGCAUUCAGUUUACCAGUUAAUCAGUCCAAGCGCGAUGACUAUAUCAGACUCUCAGGAGAACAGCUGUCUAGUAUGCGACAAAAACUAGGAAAUCUUUGCCUUUUGAUUAUUGAUGAGAUUUCCAUGGUUGGAGCUGAUCACCUGUAUACUGUUCACAGACGUCUGUCAGAGAUUAUGACAUCCGAUGAGCCUUUUGGUGGGGUAUCAGUUUUAGCUGUAGGUGACCUCUCCCAGCUGCCACCAGUCGCCCAAAGACCAGUGUUUGACACAGUUUCUGAUUCUAUCGCAUCAAUGUAUGGUUCAUUGUGGAAGAAAAAUUUCCGAGUGCUGGAACUUCACCAAAUAAUGCGGCAGAAAGAUGAUGUUGAAUUCGCUAAGGCUCUCAACAGAAUAAGAUCAUCUAAGCAUACUGACAAUGAUAUACAGCUCAUUAAGAACAGAGAAAUAAAUGUUUCCUCACCAACAUAUCCUAAACAAGCGCUGCAUAUAUUUGCUUUCAAUAAAGAUGUUGAUGAACAUAACAAUCGAAUGUUAGAGAGCAUAGAAUCACCAGUAAUUAAAGUGUCAGCUAUAGACUCCAAGACAGAUCAACAAACUGGUCGUAUUGAAAACAUUGCAUUCGACGAAAAGAAGAAACCAGGUGGAAUGUUGCAAGAACUGAAAAUAGCUAAACGGGCGAGAGUUAUGAUGACGACAAAUGUAGAUACUAGUGAUGGAUUAACCAACUCUGCCACAGGAACAGUGACUGGUUUUCUACCUCAGCAUCCAGAUCCAGCUGACCCUCUGUUUAGUGAUUACAGACCUAAAUAUGUGUUAGUACACUUUGAUGAACAAAGAGUUGGUGAAAAACUGAGAUCCAAACUUCACCGUAUUGUACCUGAUGAGAUAUCCACACCUAUUUCAGUUCAUGAGGUAACUGUGAAACAUAGAAAAAUAACUGCAAAAAGGACACAAUUUCCUCUAACCCUGGCAUGGGGUGUUACCAUUCAUAAAGCCCAGGGUAGGACUGUUGAUAAUCUAGUGAUAUCAAUGAAAGGAGCAUUCAAAGCUGGGCAAAUGUAUACAGCAUUAAGCAGGGUCAAAACUAAAGAAGGCCUUUACAUUCUAGGUGAAUUUCAAUCAUCAAAGAUCACCUCUGACCCCAGGACUGUCAAAGAAAUGGAGAGAAUUCGGAAAGAUAACAGCUUCAAAUUGAGUAUUCCAUGUUCUGUCACAGCACCACCAGACAGUUUCUUUAAAAUCAGUGUACUUAACAUUAAUUCUGUCUGUCCUCACUACCAGUGCCUUUCAGUGGACCAGUACAUCAGCACCAGUGACGUUAUAGCCUUGUCCGAAACCUGGCUUCACUCAAGUGUAUCAACUGAAAGUCUUGAACUUAGUCCAGAAUACCAUCUCUAUCGUCAAGAUUAUUCUGUUCAAAACAGAAGACCGCAAGGUGGAAUAGCAACCUAUGUGAAGAAAUCAUUUCGUGUUGUGUCAGAAUUGCGUUGUGAAGGUGUCAAUUUGCAGUACCAGUGUCUUGUGUUGUCCUGUAGGAUGAAUCCAAGUAAACGUCUGAUGCUCAUUCUCUUGUAUGUUCCACCAAAUACUCAAAAUACAUUGUUUUUCAAGCAAUUGGACAGACUACUUAGUCACACUCCUACAGAUUGUGUUCCUACUAUAAUAUGUGGCGACUUCAACUUGAAUUUUACAAAUCCUAAAGCCAAAUCAUUAAACGAAUUGUUUCGGUACUAUGGAUUUAUUGAUUAUAGUCAGUCACCAACUCACAAAAAAGGAGGCUCACUUGACCGUAUUUUCAUCAAUAAACAUUUUGAUGAAUCAGAAAUUACAAGCACGAUUCCCAUUCAUUAUUCAGACCAUUUCCAUCUCCAUAUGGCUGUGCCUUGGGUAAAACUAUUUUGA